AUGUAUCGCUCCGUCUCGCCGCCGUACGACACGGCGGAUCUCGCCACUGCGCCCCGGCGCAUGAAACCGCUCCCCAAACGCAGGCGCACGUCCGACCCGGCCUCCACCCUCCACGACCACCUCCACCUCGCCCUCCCCAACGGCGACGCUGCGGCUCCCGGGGCCCCCGCGGCGGCGGCCACGACGAACACCACCACCACCACUUCUACCAACAUCAGCACCAGGUCCCCCGCCGCGCCACCCGCGGACGGGGACGGCCACGGGGAGAGCACGUCGCCGGAGCCCGCGUCGGCGGUGGGGGUGCUGACGGCGCAGAUGGCGCUCCAGGCGUACUACAUGCCCGUGCUCGGCGGCGUGCGCGAGCUGCUCGAGCCGCGCACGGGCGAGGGCGAGGGCGAGCGGGUGUCGCUCGACCUGAGCGCGGCGCUGGCGCGGCUCGGCACGGGCGGGCUCAGCCUCGCGGUCGGCGUCGGCGCUGGGGGUGGGGGUAGGGGUGCGGGCGUGGGCGGCGCGGGCGGGGACGGAGACGGGGACGGAGACGGAGAUGAGGAGGCGGACGAGGAGGGCGGGAGCCGGGGCGGGGACGGGGACUACUUUGACCACCUGCAGCAGCCGGGGAACACGAAGAAGCGGAAGGUGCCCGCGAACAUGUCCGGCUCGGCGCACGGGCACGACGGGAGCGACGGCGCGGAGGACGGGGACGGAGACGGGCCCGAGCGCGAGGAGGAGUCGCUGACGGGGCCGGGGCGGGCUUUGGGAGCGCGGGCGGCGGGGGCGGGGAGGGGUCGGAGGGGGCGGGGGGCGGGGCUCGGCGGGGGGUGCGUCCAGUUCGGGGGCGGGCGUGGAGGGGGCGUGGGGUACGGGUACGGGUACGGGGGGGACGGGAAGAAGGGGAGGCUCACGCGCGCGACGUACGCGGGGCUGCGGCACAAGGAGAUCCUCCGGGCCCGCAAGAGGCAGCUCGCGACGGUGCUCGGGCCCCUCGCGCAGGAAGACACCCUCGCGCUCGACCAGGCGCUGUCCGCCGCGGAGCUCUUCGUGCGAGGCGCGGUGGGGGUGGGCGGGGGCGGCGCACGACCUCUCCCUGUCCGUCCUUCUCGCAGGCGGGCGGCGAGGGCGGGGCGUGCGCUGAAGGCGGCGACCCCUGCAGGAGCGGGGAAGGAGGAGGAGGGCGACGAGAACGCGGAUCCUGGGCCGAAGACCACCCCGUCCUUGACGCUGCCUACGGCUGCCGACUUUUUGUUCGAAUGCCUCAGUGCCACCUCCGAACGCCUGGCAGUCACAAACGAAGAGGUCGCAGUCCUCCACAGCCGCUUCACGGAAGAGCUCGCACGUCAAGCAGCCAAGGCGGCCGAAGCCGCAAAGCAAGCAGCGGCCGCGGCCGCGCUCGCCGGGCCCGUCGCGAAACGGACGGAGCGGAGCAAGGGCGGGGGCGCGGCGCGCAAGGGCGACGACAAGGGCGCGCUCGUCCCCAGCAGCGCGGACGCGCCGCCGCCCGGGGCGGAGGGCGCGGCAAACGGCAAGGGCAAGGGCGGGAAGAAGAAGAAGCGGUCCGCGCUCGCGAACGCGAGCAACCCGCACCACCUCCGGAACUACGUGCCCUCGCGCCUGCCGCACUCGGGCGGGCCCCCCUCGGCGCAGCAGGCGGUGCAGAACGCGCAGAACCUGCUCACCCCGCUCCCGCUCCGCUUCCUCGCGGCGGAGAUCCCGGCGCGGCGGCGCAAGAAGGGCGACGGCGGCGCGGGCGCGGGCGCGGGAGCGGCGGAGGCCGGGGGCGCGCCCCCCACCGAGACUGAGACGGGGGCGGGGGCGAACGGGAAGGCUGCCCCAGCCCCAGCGGCGGCGAGCGUGCUCGGGAACCCGGCGGACGAGUGGAUCUGCCCGUUCUGCGAGUACGAGCUCUUCUACGGGGAGGAGGCGAGCUACCACCGCGCGGUGCGGAACCGCAAGAAGAUCCUCCGGCGACGCAGGCGGGCGCGCGAGCGGGCGGCGCAGGCGGCGAGCGGGGUCGCGCCUGCUGCGGCGAGCGCGGCGCAGGCGAACGGGGCGGUGGAGGAGGACGGGCAUGCGUACGACGCGCCGGCGGCGGCGGUCGUGGCGCCUGGGGGCUCGGGCAAGCAGGCGAAGGCGGCGGCGCAUGUGUAG